CCGCGACCUCCGCACCCUCUCUAACGCACCCAUCUCCUGCACUUACGCGUCGACGACCAGUUCUCUGACGACUCGACCUCUCGCGCAAAGCUACACGCUCUUUCGAUCCUCCAACGUUACGCGACAAUGUUGGCCCGUCUCAGCACCCAGGCGGUCAGGCGGAACCCUGCGGCGUUAGUGCAAGCGCGCCGUGGAAUCUCGGUGCAGUCUCUACUGCAUGGAUCUCCGGAAGCGAAACAAGAGGGUGACGUGCAAAUUCAGCAGCAUGGCAGGCUCGUAGCGCGUGGCAAGUACAUUCAUGGCUUCGAAGUGCACAAGGUCAAGCCCGCGGCGGUGGAAGAGUACAAGAAGGCCGCAGAGGCGUAUUACACGGCGAUCAAGGAGGACCCGGACUUGCACGUUAAGCUUACCGGUAGCUGGGAGGCCGUGGUCGGCGAGCAGGACACGUUCUACCACAUUUUAGAGUAUGAGAACUACUCUGGUUACGAUAAGACAACCCAGAAGAUUAAAGCCUCCGAGCAUCUCAAGACCUACAGCCAGUUGAUUCCCCACCUGACGGGUCGGUCUCAGCAACUCUGCCAAGAGUUCGCUUUCUUCCCGACAACUCCUCCUCGGACUGAAGGAGGUGUCUUCGAGCUUCGUACCUACCAGCUUCAUCCCGGAGCUCUGUUGCAGUGGGAGCACGCUUGGCGGAAGGGCAUCGAAGCCCGCAGGAAGUUCGUUGAGCCCGUCGGGGCAUGGUUUUCGCAAGUGGGUCGGCUGCACCAGGUCCACCACAUGUGGCAAUACCCGGACCUGCAAACUCGCAAGGAAACGCGCGAGAAGGCCUGGCAACUCGACGGAUGGUCAGAGACCGUGUCGAAGACUGCUGAGUACUCGAUGCUGAUGGAUUCCGUCGUCCUGGAGCCCCUUGCAUACAGCCCUCUCAAGUAAGGCGCAAGGACAACGCUUGUAUGAAGCGGAGGCCAGUUGGUUGCACCAUGUGGGUGCCGGGUAUGGUUUGCGGGUCGGGUCGGAUGACGAUCAUUUUGGACGGUGCUUGUAUAUUUAUCUCCCCUGGAAUAGGCAUAGUUGCAUACCUUGCGUAAUUCCAUCGUACGCAUUUUGACAGCGAC